UCACUCAUGUAUGAAACAUCUGUGAAAAUCUGUAGGAGAUCCAAAAUUAUCGGACUGAGAAUGUGAAAAUUAUUUAUGAAAAUAAAUAAGGAAGACGAUUAAAAAUGUUUAUUGUGUUUAAGAUAUCCACAAUUUUACUUCGUAACUUUAACUUGGUCAGUUGAUCAGUCAGAAAAAACCAAGGAAAUCAUUUAAAAGAGUCGCUGUCUCCACUGUUUUCGCUUUUUGUUUGCAUGUUUCCCCCUUCAUCAUCAAUAUCAAUUUAUAAUUGUGUUUUGUGACCAUUGUUGUUUUAUACUUACUCAACCAAUUGAAGAUAAACAAACUGAGAAACAAAAUCUCAUCCCGCUCAUCGAAAAUCAUGUUGCGAGGAGAGCAAUGUCAAGAGGUUUCAAAUGGAAACCUUGAUCUUGGUAGGAAACUUUUGGAUGCUUGUAAAAACGGUGAAACUGAAGAAGUUAGAGAGUUAAUGGCAAAUGGAGCCCCUUUUACAACCGAUUGGCUUGGCACCUCACCAUUACAUUUUGCGGCACAACAUGGUCAUACAGAUACAGCGGAAUUUCUAUUGAGAUCAGGAGUUAGUAGAGAUACCAGGACAAAAGUUGAGAGAACACCUCUUCAUGUUUCUUCUCAAGAAGGACAUUUACAAAUUGUUAGUCUCUUACUAAUGCAUGGUGCUGAUAUUGAUGCCCGUGAUCUUCUCAAGAUGACGCCUUUGCAUUGGGCUGUUGAAAGAGGACAUUAUGAUGUUGUCGAAUGUCUGCUUGCUAAUGGAGCUGAUGUCAACCUUUUAAGCAAGUUUGACAAAACACCUAUAGAUAUUGCUAGAGACUCAGGAAGAUUAGACAUGAUACCUCUCUUAGAAAAAUAUAUUAAUGUUUCACGACCCAGACAGGAUAAUAGAUCCACAAGCAAUGCAAACAAUAGUUGUUUCCCUAAAUCUAGACCAACUGUGCUACCCAAUAAAUCCAAUAGGACUGCAAAAAUUGUGAAACCCAUAGGUAGUGUGAAUACAAACUCAACGGUAAAAGGAACACCUACAUCUUCAUCCACAUCAUCUUCAUCAUCAUCCACAGUAACCGCCAAUCUCACAAAAACAAGUGUUGAUGCCUUAAAAAAAUUAUUAAAUGGGACUGGCAUUAAUUUGGAGGAUGGAUCAAACAAUGUUUUGACAACUCUGGCUGCCUUAGCCGAAGCAACUGGACAAACAACAGGCAAUGUUAUCAAUAAUAAUUCCCAAUUAACUGCUGAAGCAUUACAGUGGUUAGAUACUCAUGGAGUGACAACAGCUCUUGAGGAAUCUAUGUUUACCUCGGCAAUUGAAAGUGGAGGCACAGUAUCGCUUACUGAAGCUGGUAAAUUGGCUUUAAAUUGUGUAAAAGACUCAUCAUUAUCACCGACUACAUCACAAUCAGCUUCAUCUGUGACAACUUUAAGUAAUUCAACGAAAUUAGAUCCUGACCUUAAAGGAAAAGUGAUACAGAUUGUCGGUGAAUUAGAUCCUAAUCAAGUAACAGCACCUAUAGUUUUAUUAAGCUCAAAUUCGGAUGGGACGUUAACUGAACCUACAGAGCCCAUACGUAUUAAAAAGAUUGUUAAAGCCGUGGCUGGCAAACCAUUCAGUGUGACAAACAUUAAAACUACUAACCUUACAAAUUCCAAAUUGAAUUUAGAAUCAAAUGGCUGUAAAGUAAUCAACAGCGCCGUAGCAUCGAUAACAUCUCCAACAACAACAACCAUAAGCAUCAACCAUAAUAACAAUAAUAAUAACAACAAUAGUGAUAAUGAAAAAGAAAGGUUAAAAAAAGAACUGGAAAGGAUUAAACGAGAAGCUGAAGAGUAUAAAGCCCAGUUAAGAGAAAAAGAAAAAGAAGCCGAACUUUAUAAGAAACAGUUAGAGAUGUACAAAUCUAAAUAUAAAGAUUAAUAUUUUCACUCGUCUGAGAAUCAAUUUAAAGACCAAGGACUGUGAAAAAACUGUUAUAUCUCUAAAUUGUAACCUUAUUUUCAGUUUAUGGAAACUCUGCUUUUUCUUCAAUUGCUGUUUAUAACUUCACAAGUGGUUAGCAUCUUCCAUGAUGCAUAAUUCCUCAUUCAAAUUAUAUUAAAAAAAUUUUUGUUCUCAGAAUCACCGAAACAAAGAAUCAGCCGAGAUUCCAUACAAUCUAUGUUCAUCGAUUGUAGACAUCCAUAUAAAUAUAUAUAUAAUAUACACACCACAAUCACAUACACAUACAAAACUCAUGAACAUGCAUGGACAUAUUUUGAUGUUUUUUCUCUACCUUCUUAGUUAACCCUCUCCUUCCCUUAAUUUUGGAUAAAAAACACUUACAUAACCCAUAAAGAACUCACGCAAAGAAAAUUCAUUUUUUUCUUUUCUUACCUAUCAUCUUUUGCUCACCUUCCUCGUCUUUACUCAUAUGUUGCCACCAAUCGAAAGGCAAUCCAUCCUUAACUAUUAUAUUUCAAUCCAAUCCCUGCAUAAAUUCAAAUUGUUACCGCGCGAAGGAUUAUUUUUCACAUAGCUGAUUAAAACAAUGUCCUGUUACAUUAAAAACUCUCAA